CCAACCCGAAAUUUGGGUCAGAUCGGGUCUUCGGGUUGGGUUGGGGUGGUCUGGUAGGUAGUCAGAUUCUGGGGCUCUGGGCGACGCCCAUCCUGGGCGGAUCGAUGUUUCGAUCCAUGCACCCCACAGCUCUCGAUUCCCUUUUCUGGUGACUGGUUUCGUGACGUAUUGUUUUCUGGCGGACCUGGGGCCUGGAAUGCCCCGCCCCUCCGAGGCGGACAUGUAUGACACAUGUUAGCUGACGACAUACAUUUGCCGGAUCUCCGCCCUCGGGAGGCUGCCAGUCUUCAUCUAUUUGUCCACCCUCCGCAUCAGGCUUUUGUUGCAUGUCGCACUGCUGCAACUGCGUCUGCUGCAGCAGCUGGCAGUGCUGCUUCGGAUGCUCGUUCUGCGGCUCCGAGUGCUGCGGUGGAGGCUCGUCGACGUGUGCCAUGUACGCCUGUGGUUCGUUAGUCUGUGGAUGGCGGUGUUGCGCCUCGGACGGGGGAUCACCGCUCGCCUCUGCAGAAGGAGUUCGGGUCAGCUCGGGUAUGUGCAGCUCCGCGCGAGAGGCCCCAGGCCAGAGCGUCAUGCGCGAGCGUGCCCUGCAGCCGUCUGUAGAGGAGCUGCAGCUAUCGCCGAGGGUGCACAGAAGGUGGCUGUUGCAAGCACUGGAGAUUCUGCGGCGUGCCGGCGGGGGCACGGCGAUGCCCGACUGGAAGUCUGCUCCUCUGCUCCCUUUGGAGCCCGCUGCCGAGGGUGGCGCGAGUUUGGACCAGGCUUCGCCCGAUGAGAAGGAGCCCAUCACGAAGAGCGAGGAGACGGAGCUGAAGGUCUGGGCGCGCGCAGUCAUUCUCAGAGCACGCGAGCUGCAAGACGUGGGCAUAUAUCCCUCCGACGAGGUCAGCCCUGACCACCCCGACGGCCCAAACUGCUCGGACGGCCCGACCGUCACAGAGCACGUCCGAGAACACAACAGCACGCAGGUGGGAGCCACGGGCCACCAGACUGCCCUGCUGAAUUUCAACGCGAGCGUUCCGUUUCAGACACGUCGGGGACGGCAUUUCUGGAACGUUUGCAAUUGCGUCUUCUGCUCGCCAGGCUACACGUGGACGAAUCACAUGGACGGAAACGAUGAUAGCUAGUGCUGCUCAUCCGAAUCUACCCACAACGGGUCGGCGGACUCUGCCGAUAUGUGUGCUUGAUUCUCGUUUUAAGAUUGCUUUGUCAUCUAGACUGCCAGACGUGAAGCAUCUGAGGCUCGUUUCUGCCGAUCGGGUCAGAUGUAAGAGGUAGGGGGAACAACGCAGCCCUCCGUAUGUCGCGCUGCCGUCUCAUCUCCCAUGCGAGAUCGGCCAAACAGUGCAGCCAGAAGUUUUGUUGCGCUUCUUCCACCUUUUCCAGACCCAAGCCCACGUGUGCGGGCUGGUGUGCGCGCAUGCCGCAUGCUCUGUCGCUGCGACGCCUGCCUGGUGCAUGGCUUCGGGACUGGGACUCCGCAGGAGGCAGCGACACGCCGCACGAUUGGUCGUACAAGCGUGCCUUCGGCGCAGGCGACGGGCGCCCGCGGCGAGCUGCCUUGGGCUCGGCGCCCUCCUCUUCGUCCUCCUCCUCCUCCUCCUCCUCCUCCUUCUUCCCCCUCCAACUUCCAACUUAUGGCGGUGGUGGUGGUGGUGGAAAACAGGCCCAUCAUCGACGCCGUCCGUGUCGCGAGGCUCGCAGCCCCUGCGGGCGUUUUUUUUGUUUGUUCGCUGCGCGCUGAGCUGCGCCCCGUCGGGCGCGACCGCCUGGGGUGAGCGUUUGCUCGCAGGCGCCGAGGGUGCGCUGGCUCGGCAUGCGUCAAAGCAGGUGGGGCUGGAGCUGCAGCACACCGCGCGAGCGGGGCCGCCCCCCGUAGUUCAAGAAGAGGCCGCCGCCGCCGUGCAGCCGCGCCGCCUCGGAUCCGCGGCCCUCCUCCCCGCGGGGGGGGGGCGGCGGCUCCAGAAGACGCCUAGCCGGGACCCCCCCCGUGAAGGGGAGCCGGUUCGUGAUUACAGUAGGGGCGUUGACCUAAGGAACACUAAAUAAG